UCAAACAGUUGUCUCGUGUCGUUCGCGUUCAAUUUUCUCAAUUAACGUUACGUGUAUAUCUAAUAACACUGUAAUAUUGUUCAUUGUUUUACUUUUAUUUUUUUAUUCACCCUCGACGCAAAUGAACUGGUGGCUAACUUACAUCAUUUAUGGUUCUUCCAACCACUUUCUAAUAUGAGAAAAUAACUUUGACAAAUCAAUUGUCUACGAUCUUGAUUUAUAAUUUUUGGAAAAAAAUUGUGUCCACCGUGUCAUUCUAUCGAGGUAUUUACGAACAAGAGGAGCUAUUGCAGCGAGACGCAGAAAAGGGAGAACUCGAGCCUGAGCCUCCUAGCGUUGAGUCCAAGACGAAAUCUAAACUGAAAGACAACAUGGUUUCAUCAGUUUCUGCCAACCCAGACUCGGAGGGUCUCAAUGACUCUGUACUGGAACUGCAAGACGAGCGUCACCCACAGCUGACGCUUGCUUCUUUGAACAUGAUGCGUAAAAAUAGACACUUUUGCGACGUUGUCUUACAUGUCGGCAGUACCGAAGUUCAUGGACACAGAGCUGUACUGGCGGCAGUCUCCCCGCAUUUGUUUGAACUCUUCAGUGCCGAUAAGCAAGGGAACAAAGAACCCAGAGUUACUUAUAAAUUGAAUGGAGGAUUCGACAAGGUCGCUCUGCAAAAGCUGGUUGAUUAUGCCUACACUUCCAGGCUUGAGAUACUACCGUCGCAGGUGAAAUCGGUCUACUUGGCAGCGUGGCAUUUGAAAAUGGAGAGGGUUUCGGCACAAUGUGCCGCUCAUCUUUUGCAUUAUCUAACACCAGGUUCAUGUCUUGAAGUUCGCGCUCUUCCAGGAAUAACGCAGAAUGAGGACUUUGCAAAAAAAGUCGAUGCUUACAUAAGAGAUCACUUUGAAGCCGUCUGCAGCAGCCCCACUUUGUUGUCGUUGCCCUGCGUGAAAAUCGAGGUCUUACAUCAAACGGUUCAGGAAAUGUCAUUGGUGAAUGGAACGAGUCUUUGCCACUUGGUAUUGGAUUGGGUGAAGCGAUCUCUCACAGACUCUAGCAGCUUGACCGUGGAUCACCUUACACAAAAAACAUACUUGCUAUAUCUUGCUCUGGACAAUAGCCUGCAAGAUUGCACAGAUCUACCGUCAGGCGACGUUAGCGAUACUGACAUCGUUCAAGAUUAUAAAAAGCUUUCACUCAAAUCGCAAGCACAAUCCAAGGGUCGUAGGAAGGGUCCAUUGCAGCCAGCUAAACCAAGAGUUCUUAUCUACUCGAGAGAUAUCGGAGAGCGGAUCGAGUCAGAAUUGGAACCGGAUUGGAAUCUCAUAGGAGCAAGUAAAGUUGGUGAGCAUGCUUUCUUGGCCAUUGUAACUCUGGAUGGAAGAUUGACUACAUUGUCAGUACAACUGCGACUCAACACACCCUCGUUGCCAUCUCCAUUAGCAACACCAGAGAUUGUAGCUUCGAAAAAUUGUUCUGCAAACGAACCUGAAUUGUAUUGUGCUCUCCCAACAAUGAAGGCAGGAAAAUGUGCCGUUGGUUGCGCCAAUUUGAAUGACACGUUGUUGGUCUGCGGCGGUUACGACAGGGUUGAAUGCUUGAAGACUGUGGAUCAAUAUUUGCCAGAAUCAAACACCUGGCAGGUACUGUCAGGAAUGAGGGAAGCCAGAGGUCGAUUUGGAAUCGCUGUCGUUAACGGAAGAGUUUAUGCGAUCGGCGGGUCAAAUGGUUCUACGGAACUUGCUACUGUCGAAGUUCUCAACCCUGAGGCUGGAUGGAAGUGGUCAGCUGUUGCGAAUCUUCCUUUGGCUAGAUCAAAUUCGGGUGUCUGCGCUUUGGGCAGCAAGAUUUAUUGCAUCGGCGGAUGGAAUGGUCAGGCUGGUAUUAAACAGUGCGACGUCUUCGAUCCUGAGACAGGCAAAUGGUCAAGCAUCAAACCACUGAGAACUGGGAGAUACCAGGCAGGAGUGUGUGCAUAUCAAGACCGCGUCUACGCAGUGGGUGGUUGCGAUGCGUGGAACUGUCUGAAUUCCGUGGAAAUUUACAACCCGGAAGAAGACACGUGGUCAGUGGGACCACCUCUUAUAUCAGCCCGUCGUGGCUGCGGCCUUGCUGUCUUCCGUGGUCGACUUUAUGCCGUUGGCGGAUCUUCUGGAACGCACAGUCUCACGACGACGGAAAUAUUCGACCCUGAAGAACAAGUCUGGGUACCAGGGCCCAAUCUGGCUACACCGAGAGCAAAUGUAGCUGUCGCGGUUGUCGGAGACAGAUUGUACGCAGUAGGUGGAUUUUCUGGUAAGAAUUUCUUGAAUUCCAUCGAAUAUUUGGACGCUCACAGCAACGAGUGGACGACGUUCGUACCAAAGUCCGACGGUACAAACACACCCGCAAGCUCGCUGCAAAACAGUUUUUCAGAUACCAGCUUGAAUGGUAACGAAAAGAACGUGAUGAAUAUCAGCACAUCGAGCAACGCGAGUGAUUCGAGUAUCGUCAGCGAGAAAAAUGGUUCCGUUUAUGGUUCGGGAAUGGAAUCCUUGUCCAAUUUUCAAAAAAAUACCAUUACCACAAAUUUUGAUACAGAUGUAAAUUCUACCGAUGAGUCGGAACAAGACUCCGUUACAUCGAGUAAUGGCAUCGCUGCAACUAAUGGUACUUUCAAAAGUUCCGAGGCCGUCGUUAUUACUGAAGCAAAGCCUGAAUCUCAGGUGAAUCCGCAUACGGCAACAAAGGGAACUGCGGUAAAUACGGGUUCUGCGAGUACUGCUAACGGUAUACACGAUCGAAAAAUCGUCGAGACUGAUCUCGCUACAAAUAAUGGAUCUCAAGAAUUCUAAAUGCAUAAUGAUUGUUGGUUUUUAAAGUCAGAUGAAUGAAAGUGUAUUAAAGAUAAAUGUAUCUCUGAUUAUUCUCAUUGCAUCUAAUAUGCGGUGGAAGAGCGAAUGAUGUGUAGGAGCGAACGUGACAGUUAUUUUCCUUUCUUUUUU